AUGGCGUUUGAUGAAACAACCAAACCAUCAUCCGCGGAAGCAGAACGCCUAGUUGUCAUCAAGACUGGUUCCAAAUUUGGCAGUUCAAUGGCUGAAUCGAACGAAGCUGUAUCCGGAACAAGAACAGAAACCACUAGGACCACCACCACCAUGAGCACAACCAGGAAGAUUACCUUGAAGUCAUUGCCUUCUGCUAGUAUUAAAAUCCCAAAGCCGAAGAUCGUCUCUAUCGCAUCAUCCCAAGAAGAGAAUAAAGAAGAUAUCAGUGAGGAAAAGAUGGAAAGGAAAUAUAAGAAGCCCAGUAAAGAGAAAAAGAAGUAUAAGACUGGAGCGCUUUUGUCGGCUCUGAGUUUCAGUAGUGAAAAAGAAAGUGACGUGAGUGAUGUACCUUUGGCAUUGGAACAUGUUUGCGAGACACUGCAAAGGAAAGUUAUCAAGUCCAAGACUGGGAAGACCACGAUGAAAUCGGAAGAUGGCGAGAGUAGGAAAAUUCUGAAAGGAGCGUUAGAAGAUGCAAUCGAGCGGGUGAUAGAUCGCCGAAUCCACGAGAGAAAGAUGGCAAUCAGUUCAAAUACCGCUCGUACGGCAUGGCCGUUCACAAAACCUACUACAGUGUCUCCUAACAUGUAUGAUUUCCGUGAUAAUGUCAUGAAUAACUUGAAUUUGCGUGAGCCUUCUCCUGUAACAUUUGAAAAACCCAAUUUUGGAGCGUCAAAUGCGAACAGUGGUUCGCCACCGGCAGAAAUCGCUGUCAUGAACAAUAACAAAUUUGAAAACAAUAAGCGAGUCUCUUCGGGGAGUGGCGGAGGUUAUGUACAUUCGUAUUCCACACCUCGUCCGCACAUUGUUCUUCAGCUAGAUGAAGGGAAAUUGAUCAUCCGGCAACGAAAAGACACCAAUACGCAAAUCUUGAGGAGAUGCAUGGGAAAUGACGCAGAAUGCGGGUCUUAUGAUGAAAUGUCGGCGUUCCGCUUCACCCACGGAAUUGUCUGCCGUCUUCCAAACGCCUGGAAAGGCGUGGUGAAUAUCGAUGGUAUGACCGAGUUUGAAGCCGCGAAGCGUGAGUUUGAAGAAUAUGUGAAAAUUUUGAGAGGUGUUGGUCUUGAUGUGAUUGAAAUGCCCCCCGACGAGCAAUAUCCAUGGUGUCCGUUGGUCGAAGAUUGCGCUGUGGUGUGCAAUGGCAUAGCCUUGAUCUGUCGACCUGGUAAUCCUGCUCGCCGUGGCGAAGUUGAAACGGUGCGUGCGAUCCUCAAGAAAGAACUGGAAUUACCAGUCAUGGACAUCACUGACCCCGAUUCAUUCCUCGAUGGUGGUGACGUCUUGUUCACUGGUCGUGAAUUUUUUGUCGGGCUUUCAAGUGGAACGAAUGAAAAAGGAGCUAUAGCUCUUGCUGCAGCAUUUCCGGAAUUCCCGGUGACAACAAUCAAGAUGGAUAAAGAGACAAGUCGACUUAAAGACUUCGUUACCAUGGCCGGACCAGAUCUGAUUUGUGUUUCCAUGUCCUAUGCAUCACAAACGCUUUUGAAGCGUAUGGAGCGAGAAGCCACGUAUCGUUAUGAAAAACUCACUGUGCCCGAUGAAUCCGCGGCAAACGUUUUAUUCGUAAACGGCACCCUUCUUCAUCCGAAUUUUGAGCAGUGGCCCAGAUCAAGCGAGGUGUUCGAUGAGAAGAUCGUCUUCGGAAAGAGUCCAGUCUCCCUUCGUCAUAUUGCUCAGAGGAAAGUGAUCGCGAUCUUUCGUGAGGGUGAAAGCAAGUGGCUCAGCCACGACCGCGCGAUGGCUCUAGUUUACCUCUUUGUUUUUAUUGUGCUCUUUCUUUUCUAUAAAGUCAUGCACCUCAAUCAAGCUCCGGAAAAGCCGAAAAUCUAUGGGCGUGAUUCUCGUUUCAUAGACUACUUCGUGAAAAGUUGUCCGAUUUUAUGUGAGAGUUACAUCCCGACUGCCAUCUGGGGUCGAAGUGGACAUAUGCAGACGAUUGUGCACAGUAAAAUUGGACGUGUGCACGCACCCAGAAGUGAAGGCGAAAGAUUUUUUGUGACAUUACGGGACGGUGCCUUGAUGUCAUACGACGUGUACACUCCUUACACUGGUCAUCACUCGGAAGAGGAUUUGACACUGGCCAUAUGUCCCGGUAUUGGAAACUCCAGUGAUACCGUUUACAUACGAGCGUUCAUUCACUAUGCCUUGAGACAGGGUUACCGAUGUGCAGUCCUGAACCACAUUGGAACCAUCUCAUCGGUGUUAUUGCAAACCCCUAGAAUUUUCUCGUAUGGUGGUACCACGGAGCUGGAGACCAUGGUUAGAGAGCUGCUUGUGCAGUUCUCCAGCACAAAAAUAAUUUGUUUCGGAUUCAGUAUGGGCGGGAACAUCGUGACUCGGUUUUUGGCUAGUUCUUGUUUUGAUGCUGAGAAGAGCAAGGAUAAAAUUAAGAAUGCCGCUGGUGAUGCGGGUGACGAGCCCUGGAAACGCGUUGUUGGUGGAAUCUCCGUUUGUCAAGCUUACGACGCCGUUGCGGUUGGAGAAACAUUUCUGCAAUGGGAGAAUCUCCGCCGGAUUUACGUGUUCAUCAUGACGCUUGGGAUGAAAAAGCUGAUCUGGAGGCACAAGUCCAUACUUCUGAGUUCAGAAGUGAAGGAACGGUUUGCUAUUGACGAAGCUGCGAUAUCCGCGUCGACUUCCUUGAAGGAUUUUGAUGAAGCAUACACGAGGAAAGUGCUUGGUUACAGCAAUGUAACUGAAAUGUAUCGAGAUCUGAGUUCGUAUUACGUCCUGAAAAAGGUGAAGCGUCCAAUCGUUUUCCUCAAUUCGGCCGACGAUCCGAUUGUUCCGGAGACGCUGUUGGAGAAGAUACGGGAACAUGUGGAGAGUACUGACAACUGCAUGUACGUGGAAACGCUGAACGGCGGGCACCUGGCGUUCUUUGAAGGCGGCUUACUAAUUCCUCGAAAACACGGAUGGCUGGAUCGUGUUGCCCUGCAGUUGUGUGAUGCCAUGGCCUGCUAUUCGGAACCAGGCCUGAAACCCGCUCUGCGAGAAGACCUUGUGCCAAAUCGGAUUCUGCGCAGUCCCCUGGUUGGAGAUGGAGAAGGUGUCGCCGAGAACAGCCGAGUGGAACGUCCGCCAGCAUUGUCUCUUAAGCACUUGUCUUCUCUCGCAUGCUAAAAUACCAAUUUGAAUGAUAUAUUCGGAAGAAUGGGCGGUGAUAGAUUAAGAAAAGGCAGAAACUUCGGCAUCUUCUCCGUGAGCCACUCUUGGUUAACCUUCUCCUUUUCAUGCCUUGAGAGAAACUUCAUGCAUUCUGCAGCUACAGUAUCAUUUUACUGGUUUCAUUUUUAACUCUUCUGUGUCCAUUUUUGUUUCACAUCUGUCAUGACGCAAAUAAGGGAGGAAACGCUGGCCUAUCGGAACGAGACGAAAAUUAAGUCUUCGAAAGUAGGCUUACCGUUUUACCGAGCUUUACUACACGUGAUGGGAUUUUUUUUGCAUUACCUCUUGUAAUGUAAAACUUGUGUGCAUCAUUUCUGGAAGACUGCUUGAAUAUGAAGUACAAUUUUUGUCUCUAAUUUUACGGUACUACUUGUUGCCAAAACUUUUGAAACUCCCAAGUGUUCUCGAAGGACUUGGGCGAAUUAUUUUGUCGGUUUUCGUUUCAAAGAUGGUUUUAAUCCUCUCAAACAGAAAUUAAAAUAAUUUAUAAUUUUUUUUUGAAGAUGUGUUCGAGGUUAUUUAGAACUUUUGGUUUACUUUCGAGGUCACUUAUUAUUGUGAAAUGGAUAUUUCUUUUGGAUAAUUUAAUUGAGUACUGUACUUCUAUUGCUCUAGAACUUAUUUCAACGCGUAAAAAAUUUAUUUAUAAUGCAGUAUUUCCACUACUGUUCUCAACAGUUGAGACGUUGUCCGUGGUUAAGCGUUACUCGCUAUGAGACAUCCAAAAUGUGCCAGUCUUCAUGAUGCCUAAAAUCUGUAUUACGCUGCAAAAUAUUUCGUUGUGCAGAAAUUUUGUAUUUCCUGGGGUUUAGUCAAGUGAUUUCUUUUGAGAUGUUCACAUUUAGAAAAAGCUUCAACUCUCUAGUCGGUUUUGUGCAUUAUUUUGUCUACUUUCUCUGUCGUAGGCUGUCGCCUGAAUCAAAUGAAUCAUGCGAUGUACAUUUAGUCUGGAAAUAGCUUGAACAGUAGUCAAGUUUUUGGAAUGUUCUAGCUUUAAGUUGUUUUUUUUUCUUUUCUCUCUGUUCGAAUUUCGAGGAAAAACUCGUGUUCUUCGAAGCCAAUAGCCGGAAGAUGGCUGAUCAAACGGGUCAUUUAUUAGUUGCUGAUUUGCGUUUCUACGAUUUGUGUGGUGCCUCUUUUUUAGACGGAUUUCUUUUUUGAUUUCAUGACGUGCUAAGUAUGAUCUAGCGCUGUUGUCGAGCGGUGAUGUUGCCAGCUCAACAUAUCCUUCGCUGUCAUUUUUCUACGCAAGCACGUGCUUUUUUUUCAGCGCAUUUUUAUGCGCUCAUAGUAUUGUCUAUUUAGAUACAACUCGUGGUCCGGAAGUAUUUUUUCUUGGAACAAGUUCGAGUAUUUUUCGAUGACUGUUGGAUGCCGAACGAGCAGAACUUCUGUGUUCCAGUGUGUUUUCUAGUAGGAUUUAUCUCGUCUUCUCGAAUUGAGAAUAAGAAGUGUCAACUCGGCUUGUGUCAUAUAAGCAAUGCUCGAACACUUCGGUGUAUCGUGUUGAGAAAAUUCGGAGAUUGAUCUUAUCUUGCUUGCAGUUGGGUUGCGGAGAUAUCAAUUGAGAAUAGUCGGUCUUAAUGAUCUUGACGCGUGAUUGAAAUUAUUUUAUGUUGCACGAUCAUGCAGGUGGUCUGAUCUAUUCUAAACGGUGAUAAGCAUUGCGAGUAAUGCGUUACUGAAAUGAGGUUCUGCGAACGCUUAAAUUAGGAGCGACAUCUUGCGGGUGUGCACAUUUCCGCAGCAAUUCUUGAGAUGGCUUUGGUUGAUGAAUGUUUUCGAAUAUUAUCUGAAACGUCGAUUUUUUCUGCCUGAAAUUUGCUAUGUACAAUUUUUGUUUUAUAAUUUUUUUUGAAGUGAAAGAGCACAACAUUUGUUAUCAAAGUUCAAAGUAUCAUGAACAAAUUUUGAAUUAUUUGGACAUUCUUCAGUUCACUUAGUACCCAUGUUCGUGAAAAGGCUGCAGUUAUGUGUAUACAGUAGUAUGCUAUAAGAAUGAGUUCCCAUGAUGUUUCCUGCGUUUAAAUAAGUUUUCGAAUUUAACUUUGAGGCCUGUAGUCUCCGAAUUAAUCCUGAACAUUCCAUUUGAAUCAAUGUAAUUGUUGCCUGUGUAACGCAACCCGCGGGAACUUUCCGUAGUUCCCGUGCAGAUUGCAGCUCCGUGACUUGAAUAUGUAAUUGUAAUGAAGCGACAUCUACCCGAGAAAACCACUAUUGACGCUGAGUGGACAAAGUAUUGUAGCAAAAUAUGAUUACAGUAGCUCAACGUGCGUUAGAAAAGCCUUCAUGAAUCGAGAUUCUUUGGACGGAUUAUUCAUGGUCAGCCUCUCAAGUGCUAGCAGGGUUCGAUCAACCCAAUUUCUGCUGGAAAGGCAGUCGAUUUUUUAAAAAGCGAAACGUAUGUUUCGUAAGCCCGUGUAUGUCGGAAUAUUUAAUGUCCGUAUUCCAUGCACUGGAGAAAAGGGGGUCAUUAUUUUGUUUUGGCUUCCCUGUGCAUUGUGAUUGUAACUAAUGUUCACUUGCUGUGUUGUCUCGGAACGGUUCUAGUUGCAUUACCCGCGGAAUCCCUCGGUCUUUUGGCCUUCCUUUUAUCCCCCUUUGUAGGAAAACUCUUCUCUUUUGCGAGACGUGGAAAAACUAACGCUCAAAAGGCAAAUUUAGAGACGGAAGAAAAACGGAAAGUGAGUGCAAGUUUUUUAUUCACCCAAAAAAAAAAGUCCUGGGUGCGGUUUUUUCGCUUUUUUGUUUUGUCUCACUCUUCCUGAAAAAGGAAGAUUUGUCCGAGCCGAAAAAAAGUUUGUAUAAAUUUUUGUGCGUGCAAACUUGCAACCCGAAUCAAAGUUUGGCAGAAAAGAGAAAAAGGGAAGCCGUUCUCGUUUGAAUUGACGUGAUGCUUUCCCGUGCGACUCGUGCUUUAUAACACAAUCUUGGCAUUCCUCGCCAUGGUUUUCAUUGAUGUUGUUGGUUAUUUUUUUUUUCGAAGUGUGAUGGCCUAACUGUUUUAUCUUUUGGCAGCGAAAAAGAAACACGCCUAUGCGAAGGUGCUAGCUUUUCUGGUGUGUUGAAACUUCUGCGUUUUUUUUUUUGUGGCAAAAAAAAAUCACCUGUGAAUUACGUUUCUGUGUUGAUGAGAAGAGCCGUUCGGACCUGGCUUUUGAAACGCCGUGUAUUUUUCCGAUCACGAAAUGCAUCUGGUGUCGUUUAACA